AAAGUUGCAUAAAAAAUAAUAUCUGUCAUGUAUAAUUUGUUCACACACACACAUGUACCUUCCUGCAUUAUAAUACAUAUAUUGUCCUUUUGACUGCUUUUACCUUUGCAUUAGUUUCACUGUAUGAUAACAUAUCAAUGUGCCAUCAAGGCGUCAUGGAAAAAAAUACAAAUGCAUUCUGUAGAUCAUGUGUGAUAGCUAUUAAAAUUGAUUAACUGCAAAUGACGUAAGCAAAAUGUACUGUAAGAUAUCAUAGAUUCACGAUCUACGCUAAGGUCGUAUAUACGACCUAAUAUAUCUAGAUAGUAUAUCUCUACUGUAAAUCUCUUAUAAUAAUAUGCAAUAUUCACUUUCCUAAGUAAAUGGAAAAUACUGUAAUUAAAGUAUGAAUAAUCGAUGAAUAUUGCAUCAGUAUUAACCAUAAUCAUUUUCUCAGCUAGAAAAUCUCAGAUAGAGAAAUUAAUGCUAAUAACAGAAAUAAGUGUUAAUCCAGGAAAUUUCAGAAAGAGAUGUUAUCUAAAGUAAACACACAUAUCAAACAUUUUUAUUUUCUCAUUUGUCUCUUAUUCUGCUAACUUAAGCAAACGCGAUCAGGUAUACGAUAAUAAUUUCAGAGUUACUAUAUUACGCAAGAAAAUAACGUAAGUCAUUAUUAGUCGUUAUAAGUCGUUGAAGUGCAGGCAAAACGUCUUUGUGAGACGUCUAAUUAACAUCGAAUGUUAUUAUCGUCUAAAAUAAUGAACGGCGUAAUUUGGAACAAGAUGCAGAAGAUUUUCGUGCCAAUUUCUAGUAUACCGGCGUAUGCCAAGAUGCAACAAGAACGUUUCAAACAAAAUCGAGCAUUAGAAAAUCACAAUUUUCAAUUGCAGAAUUUGACCUUAACAUCUUUUCAGGAACCAAAUUUCUUUGAAUUCUACGACAAGGAUACGAAAGUUACAGGACUCUGCGGUGAAUUAUGGACUCUGCUCUCUGAAUCAUUAAACUUUACAUUACAACCAAUAAGAUCAAAUAUAAAUAGCCUGGGUGCGUUAGAGGAAAACAAUACUUAUCAACAUGGAUUAUUAGGCCUACUUUUUCACAAUGAAACUAUUGCUAUACCAAAAGUCGAAACGUACAGUAAACGACUUGUGGCUACUGAUUUUACAAUCCCUUUAUGGAUAAACAGCUAUCGAACGUAUAUUCGUCAUGAGGAAAUGCAAUAUAAUGACAGCACAUGGAUGGCAAAAGUGUUCUCUUGGAAAGUAUGGUGCAUUAUACUGAUUAUGCAUGUAAUACUAAGCAUCUGUGGUUUUUGGUCACAAAUCAUUCUCGCACGGAUUGAGGAUAAAUGCAAAAACACAAACUUCGGCGAACAUUUCUUUUAUAACUUUGGAAUGUUUUGCAAUCAAAGUUACAUUCCCGAGGUUCUUGAUGGAAGAUCAAAGAUAUUAGAAAUAUCUCUAAGUCUCUUUUGUUCUAUACUAUACAUGGCAUUUAGUGCUUUAUUAUUUAUUUACAUGACAAAAAGUAUUAUUGUACUGCCAUUCGAUAAUCUUCUAUCUUUGGUAACUCAAACUGCAUACAGCGUUGUUACUCUGGAGGGUUCUAUAGCAGAUAUCGCAUUUAAAGUGAGCCCUAAUGAAGAAUUUAUAAAAGUGAGAACAGCAAAACGCUUCGUCCUUGCAUCAACAGUCGAUGAAAUGUUUGAAAUGGUGUGUUUCCCGAGAAAAAAAAAAUAUGCUGCAUUCCAAGGUGAAGACGAGUACAAAACAAGAAAAAUGUUAUGCAAUCUAACUCCGAUUGGACAACACUACUUGCAUAUGUGGAUAGCUUCCGGCAUCGUAAAGAAUUUUAAGUACAAAAGAACCAUCGAUCUCGGAAUACUUAAAUUAAUGGAAGUUGGACUCUGGGAUGCGCAAGUAGAUCGUUGGUUAGAAAAGAAAUUUCAGGAUAAUAAUAAUGUUAAGACAACGGAUGCAGUUGGAAUGGAUCAAGUUGUUUUAGUAAAUGCAGUGAUGUGUUGUGGAGCAAUAAUAGCUUUUAUUAUUCUCAUAAUCGAAAAAAUCGUAUAUGCUUAUAAACUCAAGAAAUCGUGACUAUUUUUACUUACACCAUUGCAAAUAGAUAAAAAAUUUAUUUAUGAGCAAGAUUUUAACUCACACUCAGAAACUACUAUAUCUAUAUUGCGAAUGCUCGUAUUUCUAAGUCAUAAUUUCUCAGUCAUAAUGCUGUAAAAAUUGAAAUUGUAAUAAUUAAAAAUUCUAUUAAUCAAAAAAA